AAUUAUCGUUGAAGAAUCAUCUCCAGAUCCUAAUUUGGAAGUUUUCACUAAUAAAAUUGUUAUGUGGACUCAAUGCAAGUUAUGUUCUGCAAAAUCACCUAUAUUUAUUAUGUCGCGUUCGACAUACCUUUACUCUUUUGCCAAAUACCUCGAAUUAUUAUAUUAUAACGAAGAUUUCAUCUGCAAAGAUUUAUGUUCGCACGUUGAAUUACGUGAUCCAUUGCUUCGAUGCUUUCGUAAAGGAAAUUUUGUUGUAAAAAUAGAAUAUGAACAUGUAGACCUUUUUGAAAUGCGAUUGCCAAAAGUUCAAAUAUCUCUAGAUAAGCAAGCUGCGUCUUCGGUAGAAGAUGUCGAAAAACUUUUCAUUAUUGAUUAUGAAGAUGCACAAAGGUUAUAUAAUGAAACUAGAUUGGAAAUUACAUAUUUUUAUCUUUCAUUAAAACAACAUAUUACUUCAUUGGAAGAUUAUCUUCGAUCUUUGCAUAUAGAACAAACCAACAGCAAUGUCGAAGCCGCUGUGUCCGAAAAAACUAUUCAUGCAAUUCGAACAUUAGAUGAACUGACAAAGAGUUUUUAUGAAGAUGAAUUCAAACUCUAUGAUAUGUUGAAAAAAACAAAUGCAACAGUUCUGAAUAAUGUUCGACGAAGUUUAGUUGAUCGGAUUAACGUGACAAAAAAACGAAUGUUGCAAUGGCAAAAGGAAAAUAUCGUUGAAUCAGAUCUAGCAAAAUUUGAUGAAAUCAAAUGGACAGAACCGGAAUAUUCAAGUUCCGAUACAUGUCAUGUUUUUCCUGAGUCGCCUAUUAUAACCAGAGAAGAUGAACCAAGUUCCAUUAUUGCUUUUACAUUGAGUUCGCAAGGAUAUUUAAAUGAAUUGUCAAUAUUGCGUUAUGAUAGAAAACGGCAAUCAUCACAAUCGGCUCCUGUAACUCCUGUUUCGGAGUUUCAUGCGCCAACACCAUCAGCAUCUUUCUCCUUAUUACUUGGUUCAUUAAAGAAUCCGUCUUCGUCGAAUCUCUCUAAACAUAGUGGUUCUGAUAUAGAUGGCGAUGGAUUUCAUUCUACAGAUGAAUAUUCCAUCAAAACAAAACGAAAGGUCAUAGAAUAUGGAUUUA